CUUCCAGUUUUGCAUUUGAUAAAGGAGGCACAGCAACAACAUGGUUUACGUCAUGGAGACCACCAGCGCUAUAGGUCUUAUUGUACCAGAAAAAUACGCCGCUUGCGUAAAUCUCUUCAUUUUACGCAAGGCACCAAACAUAAGGUAGCACCCAAAAAGAUAACACCAGAAAUGAUGAAUGAUGAAAGAUAUUUGCACUUACCAAUAUUUGAAGCUGAAAGGGCUUGGGGAUAUGCCAUGCAGCUGAAAUCUGAGUCAAACACUGAACCAAGAAAGAAGUUUCACAUGGUGUCGAGGUUGAAAAAAGCUUUACAGCAUGCAAGUGAAUUACUCAGAUUGUGUGAAAGUCCUAAAUGUGAUGCUAGGACAAAAUUAGAGUGCCAGGCUUACCAUGCAUGGAUUUUAGGGGGUUUACAGUUUGAAACAGAUAACUGGCAGAAAGCUAUUGAUGCUUUUAGUAAUGCUAAAACUAUUUAUGAAAAGUUAUCAACUGCAUUUACUGAAGAUAUUCAAGUCCUGUACCAACAAAGAGUAGAGGAAAUAUCUCCUAAUAUAAGAUACUGUGCUUAUAAAAUAGGAGAUGAAUCUGCUUUAAAAGAUUUACAGAAUAUGCGGCUAAAAUCUGGAGAAGACCAACUUAUUUCUAAAUUAGAUGAUUUACUCAUACAAACAAGAGAAAAACAGGCUUCAACAUUGUCAGAGAUAACAUGGAGAGGAAGAACUAUUCCUAUUAAGAUAGAAGCUGUUCGUAACUUUCUCCUCAAUUUACAAGAUAGUUCUACAGAGUUAAAUUCAGCAGAGGGUUCAGAGAGUAAAUUGUCUAUAUAUGAAUCAUUAUUUAAACAAUGUAUAGAUGCUCAACAGACUUUGAGAGAUGUGUUACAGGAAGAUCCAGUAACUGCUAUACGAGGUCAAGCUGUAGAAGGAAAGAUCAGUAAUAAUCAUUACCUACAUACUUACUUGUCAUUUAUUAAAUUAACUAAAACUAUUGAGAGAAACCUCAUCUUAAUAGAAUGUGCUAAGGAGAAUUUACCUGGAGUUCAAGUUGAUGAUAAUAAGAAAAUAACUAAACCUCAAGAUAUGGUUCGGUUAUAUGAUAUAAUUAUACAGAAUUUGAGUGAAAUACCUAAUUUAAAUGGAUUAGAAGAUGAUACAGAUUUAGAAGAAGAGAUAAAUACAAGAGUUUUAGGAUAUAAAGCAUUUAGAACAUUCUAUAUUGGUAAAUCUUAUGGAAAUGGUAUGAAAUGGACUGAGGCAAUAGCAUUAUAUCAAAAAUCAUUAGAAUACAUCAAAAAAGCUCUGGAAGGAUAUAAAAAAUUGAAAGGACAAGAAAUAUUUAAGCUAGAAGAAUUAAGAAAAGAAGUAAAUGGUGUGGUUUAUUCUUGUCAUGCUUCUAGUAUAUUAACUACUUCUGAUAGUCCAGAAUUACUUCAACCUUCUACAUCUGGCAAUUUACAACAUGUGCCUUUAGAUGAAAGAUUAGAUGAAUAUUUUGAAGAUAAAUCACUACUGAGUAAAAAACCGACUAUAGCUAAAUUUCCUCCUGAGUUCCAACCCAUACCAAGUAGACCAUUAUUCUUUGAUUUGGCUUUAAAUCAUGUAGAAUUACCAUCAUUAGACCAAAAAUUGAACCAAAACCUGGUUGGUGGUGGAUCUGGCAUCACUGGAUUAGUCAAAGGAUGGUUUUGGGGCAAAAAGUAA